AUGGUACCUCCGCCUGUUCUUCCACCACCCAAGAAUGGUUAUGCGGACGCAUUUUGGUGCACCUAUCUUGUUUCGGUUGCUGCUGCCAGUGUAGCUGAAGUAGGUAGGACGUCGCGAGCGAGCCACCCGGCCGUCGUAUUCUGGGGCAAUGCCUGGGGGGUUAGCUCACGCACCGAUGCGUGCCCGGCGCGGGGGCGACGGGAGCGACGGCCGCGACGGCCGCCCGCCGUGACGCGCGCGUGUUCUGUCACAGUCACGUAUCCUCUGGACCUGACCAAGACUCGGCUGCAGAUCCAGGGGGAGCGAGCUGCGCUGGUGGCGGCCGGGCCGGCGGGCGAGGCUUCCAAGGGGGCGUACCGCGGGAUGCUGCGGACGGCCGCCGGCAUCGCCAGAGAAGAAGGCCCCCUGUGUCUGUGGAGAGGAGUCACGCCCGCCAUCUACCGGCAUGUGGUUUAUUCUGGCAUCCGCAUUGUGACGUAUGAGCAGCUGAGGGACGGCGUCUUCAAGCGGGAACCAGGAGGUGCCUUUCCGGUGAAGUCGGCCAUCAGCGGCGUCACGUCCGGGGCGCUGGCGCAGUUCGUGGCCAGCCCCACGGACCUGGUGAAGGUGCACGUGCAGAUGGAGGGGCGGCGCCGCCUGCUGGGGCAGCCGCCCCGCGUGCGCGGCGCCUGGCACGCCUUCCGCAAGAUCGUGGCCGAGGGCGGCGUGCGCGGCCUGUGGAAGGGCAGCAUCCCCAACGUGCAGCGCGCCGCCCUCGUCAACCUGGGCGACCUCACCACCUACGACUCGGCCAAGCGCUUCAUCCUCACGCACACCGCGCUGCCGGACUCGCACCUCACGCACAUGCUGUCCAGUGCGUGCGCCGGGCUGGUUGCCGCCACCAUGGGCACCCCCGCCGACGUGGUGAAGACGCGCAUCAUGAACCAGCCCACCGACGCCAGCGGCCGAUAUCCAGAUUCAAAGUCCACCAAAAAAUUUGGACCCGAUCACUUCUUUGAACCAACCGAGGUGACACCCACAAUAGCAUUGGGUGUAACUGGUUCUUGGGCUGUUCAGUAUGCUGCUACAUCAUGUGCGACUGAUGCAUGUGCUAGCCUUGUUAAUGAUCCUUGUACUGCUGUACCACACAAAGCCAUUCUAGAAGAUGAAUCUGUGACUUCGGUGUGUGAUCCUAUUCCAGAGAUGGCUCCUAAUCAGGUACUACUGACCUUAAUGCAACCAAGUUCAUAAUUCACAUAUUCCC